AUGGCGACGUACAGAGCCGAAGACGAUUACGAUUACCUCUUCAAGGUUGUGUUGAUAGGAGAUUCCGGCGUCGGGAAAACUAACCUCCUUUCUCGAUUCACGCGCAAUGAGUUUAGUCUCGAAUCUAAAUCCACGAUCGGUGUCGAAUUCGCCACUCGUAGCAUCCAUGUCGAUGAUAAGAUCGUCAAAGCCCAGAUUUGGGAUACCGCAGGCCAAGAGAGAUAUCGAGCAAUCACAAGCGCGUACUACAGAGGAGCUGUAGGAGCAUUGCUUGUGUAUGAUGUUACAAGGCAUUUGACGUUUGAGAAUUUGGAAAGAUGGUUAAAGGAGCUUCGAGAUCAUACAGAUGCAAAUAUUGUCAUCAUGUUCGUUGGUAACAAAGCAGAUCUUCGUCAUUUACGAGCUGUAUCAACCGAAGACGCUAAAGCUUUUGCAGAGAGAGAGAACACUUUCUUCAUGGAGACAUCUGCUCUUGAAGCCAUGAACGUCGAGAAUGCUUUCACCGAAGUUCUUUCUCAGAUUUACCGUGUGGUUAGCCGGAAAGCGUUGGAUAUAGGAGACGAUCCGACUGCUCUUCCUAGAGGACAGACAAUCAAUAUUGGGUCCAAAGACGAUGUCUCUGCGGUGAAGAAGGUUGGUUGUUGCUCAGAUUGA